GUUUUCCCAGAAAUGGACCGGAUGUGAUUUGUAUUCGUUUUAUCCCUAAAUCUGAGUUUAGGGGGAUUUUUUAGGGAAAUAAUGGAGGUGCUGUAAGUAUCCCUUCCGUCUGUCUCUCCCUCACUCCCUUGGCGACGACUACGCCCGGUGCUCUUCUUCGGCCCCAGGUAGCUUUCGCUGCCGUCCUACGGCAGGUGCCCAAGUCUUCUUCGGUCCCUUCAACGACGACGAGCACUACCAGUUUGUUGAAGAUGGAAAAUAAAGAGUUGUUCAAGAUGGGAAAUGCACAUACAGAUACUGCUGCACUGCACAAGGAGUGGGAUGAUGUUCUCUGUCCGAUAUGCAUGGACCAUCCGCAUAAUGCUGUCCUUCUGUUGUGCAGCUCCCAUGACAAAGGAUGCCGAUCCUAUAUAUGUGAUACAAGCUAUAGGCAUUCAAAUUGCCUAGAUAGGUUCAAGAAAAUGAAAGUGAAUGAUGAGGACAGUCCUUCACAGCCAAGCUCGUCCAUGCCUAGGGGUACAGGAAACCAAAAUGUUGUCCAGAGAUCUCGUUUUGGUCUCACUAGAGAGAGCCCCAGGCUACACAUAGACAUAUCUGUACCCGAUGAAACUUCCGAUCAUCAAGAUGCCAGCCAUAGACCUGCUGCCAUAGUUGGAGAACAGGAAGAAAACAUCUACAAUGAAGGCCCAGAUUUGACAUUGGAAACUCACGAGGUUGGGAUCAAUGGUUCUUCAGUGUCAAGUGACGUGUCAAGCUUAAACCAAUUGUUGUGCCCACUGUGCAGAGGGGCGGUUAGUGGCUGGAAGAUCAUCAAAGAAGCUAGACAGUAUUUGGAUGGGAAAUCCAGAGCUUGCUCACGAGAAGCCUGCAUGUUUUCUGGUAACUACAGGGAGAUCCGUAGACAUGCCAGAAGGGUGCACCCCACAACAAGGCCUGCUGAUGUUGAUCCCUCAAGACGUCGUGCGUGGCACCACCUGGAGCAUCAGCGGGAUUAUGCUGACAUAGUAAGCGCAAUAAGGUCCGCUAUGCCUGGGGCAGUUGUGCUUGGUGAUUAUGCUAUUGAAGGCGGAGAAAUAUUUUCACAUGACCGGGAAACCAGUGAACCAAGUGGGUCUCUUCUGACAACAUUCUUUCUAUUUCAUAUGCUCAGCAGUAGUCCGAUUAGAUCAGGUGAUGAGCCAAGAGGCACAUCAAGGGGCCUGAGAAGGCAGAGGAGACGCUAUCUGUGGGGAGAGAAUUUGUUAGGUCUCCAAUAUGAUGAUGAUGAUGACGACGACGAUAACGAAGGGGAGGAGGAUGAAGUGGAUGCUGUGGAUGAAGUUCAGAGACCAAGGAGUCGUCGGAGGUUCAUAAGAUCAAGAUCAGAGGAGCGGGCCUAAUACAUUGGUACCUGUGGUAAUUACAUUCUGUACUGCUGUGAAGUUCUAUUACCAUGAACUCAUGAUGACUCCUUGCAUGAUCUUUGCAUGCCAGUGGAGAUGUGGAUGAUGUGCUUCCUUGCUUGGUUAAAAUGCUGUGCGCAUCCCUGCAAUCAAAGACCAAAAGGCAAAUGGACCUCAAGUUCAAGUUUAGAUGAUUUGGAUGCGUCUGACACCAUCCAUGUGCCCUCUUUAAUCUGACGAUCAUAAGAAACACUCAUUCUUAGGGCAAAGCUGGACUGCUCUCAGACCAGAACUGACAUGGAAGCUAGCGUUUGGAGAUGCUCGCUCCAUCACAACAGCUGGUGCCGUCACUCAUUCACCAUGCCUUUUUACCUUUGCACUGCGUGUCAUCUGCAUCUAUAGUAUAUUCUUCCCGUAUUACGUCUCAUUGAGUCCAUGCUGCUACUGUUCUGGUUGAUAUCCUUGUUCAAAGGCUAUAAAAUUUAUUAUAUUUUC